CAACCGUUGAACAAUAUCUUCUCAAUACCGGACCAAUUCAUAGACGAGGCCAUAGAUGUGCUCUAUUUGUUCAACGGAUCGCUGGUUAAUAUCGGUGUUUGCAUUCCCUCCACAUGUCAUCCAUUAGACGUCGAGACGGCUAUCAAUCACAUAUUAUAUCCAUUGAUUCAAAUGCCGGUGCGAAUCGGCCCGAUAUGCGAUCGUAAAGAUAAACCAAUAGCGCUUGAUAGGUAUCAAAUGACCGCGAUCCUAAUAAUGUCAAUACUGUUUGUGUUAACAAUAUUGUCGGCGAUCUAUGAAUACUAUAUAAACAGACCGGAACUGCCUAUAGAUAUGAACCGCAAGAACACAAACACAGAUAAUAAUAAACAAACAAUUUUGUCGCAAAUCAUCGUUUCGUUUUCAAUCGUCGCAAAUACAAAGUCAUUGUUUAGGAAAUCGGCCAAAAAUGGAGGAAAGUUUAAUUACAUUAAAUACGUGGUGAACAUGUAUUUACGUUUCUAUCCAUCAAUUUUGGGUGUAAUACUCAUGUAUUAUUUGCUACCACUGGUGGGCAGCGGACCCUUUUGGCACACGGCUGACACUCAAUAUGUCGAGUCGUGUCGCAAAUACUUAUGGCCUAAUCUAUUAUCUUAUAAUUACUAUGUCUUAGACUUAGAGGAAUUCUUUCACUCAUCAAUGUGCAACCUCGCGAGCUGGUGGGCCACCACUUGUUUCCAUUUGCUACUAUUGGCCCCACUUUUUAUUAUACCAUUUUACAAAUCUACCAACAUAAUUUAUUUCAAUCUGUUUCUCACCGUUUUGGGCGGUGUUGUGAGCAUUGGACACAUCUUUGUUAAAGGGAUUCCACGGGAAACGCUACCCGUAUUAGUGGCCGAUAAACUAGGCUUUCGUAGGGACUAUCAAUUUUGGUGGCAGAAUAUGUCAAACUAUAUUAUGGAUUAUAUUCCCGGCUCUCACUGUUUGGAGCUUUCAUUGGACGCAACAACUUAUGAAAAGCGAUAUAACACUGGUAGAGCAGCUUUUCUAAACCAGGAAUCGUUUUAUUCAAUAUUCUAUACGUGGCCUUUCAUUCACCACAUAUCGCCCUUUGCGAUGGGCAUAAUCACCGGCUAUUUGAUCCGAAAGCAUCCCGCUAUCAAUUUUGGUGGCAGAAUAUGUCAGACUAUAUUAUGGAUUAUAUUCCCGGCUCUCACUGUUUGGAGCUUUCAUUGGACGCAACAACUUAUGAAAAGCGAUAUAAGUGUUGAGACCUUUACUAUCAAUGAAGUGUCCACUGAAUUAGAAGUGUAUCUAAACUUAACAUUUGCACUGGUAGAGCAGUUGACAAAUUUUGUGUUUAACACAUCGGUUACAAUCAUAUUGGCGUAUAUUCUUGGCUUCACAUGCGUCCUGACUUAUAAUCCCAUUAUAAGAUUUACGAUGAAUGCUAUGAAUGGCAUUCAUAUAAUGAUGGCUACAGUGAGAAGAGCUCAUAAAGAUGUCAAACAAGUGAUGAACUAU